AAAAUUACUAAAAAUUGACAUUUUCUCAAAUUAUAAUCGCCGAGCCAGGAUAUAAUCAUGGCAUAAAUUCAAUAAGUUGAGAUGUUAAAAUCUCAAUUGUCAACAACAUAUAUGAAAAAAGAGUCGCUGUUAUUAUACAGGGUUAAGUUGCCAGUGUAGCUUUACAGCGAUUUUAGAAAUUCAUCAGAUAGUUUAUAUCUAUUUGUGAAAUAAAUUGUGCUCGAAUUAGGGACAACAAUGUUCUCCUUUGCUCAGCAAAAUGCAGUUGAGCCCAUGCAGGUUGAUGCACCUGCUGAAGACAAUGAUAAUACAGAAGAGGAACCAUACAUCGUUGAAAAUCCAACAUUGGAUUUAGAAGUCUAUGCAAAUAGUUAUGCAGGUUUAGCAAAACUAUUCAGGUUAAUGUAUAUAGCAGAUCAUUGUCCUACUUUGCGAAUCGAAGCUUUGAAAAUGGCUAUAACCUAUGUCAUGACAACAUAUAAUGUUUCAUUAUAUCUAAUAUUACAUAAAAAAUUAGCUCAGGCAUUAAGUGCUCCUGGAUUACCAGAUGUAGCUGCACAAUCUACAUCUCAAGAUAUACCAAUAGUCGAUCAAAUAUGGGUAGACUCGCGAUCAAAAAAAGCAGCUCUUAAACUUGAGAAAUUUGAUACUGAUCUUAAAAAUUAUAAGAGCAAUUCGAUUAAAGAAAGUAUAAGACGAGGUCAUGACGAUUUGGGUGAUCAUUAUUUAGAUUGCGGAGAUCUUGGAAAUGCAUUAAAGUGUUAUUCUAGAGCUCGUGACUAUUGCACUAGUGGCAAACAUGUUGUGAACAUGUGCUGGAACGUUUUGAAAGUAUCCAUAUAUCUUCAAAAUUGGACUCAUGUGAUUAGUUACGUUACGAAAGCACAGAAUACACCUGAUUUUCCAGAUGUACAUGGGAAGGAUAAUAAUCUAGCUAUAGUUACGAAAUUGAAGAUCGCUGCAGGUUUGGCGGAACUCGCCACCAGGAAAUACAAAUCUGCAGCUAAAUUAUUUUUACAAGCCUCGCUCGAUCAUUGUGAUUUUCCUGAAAUAUUAUCCCCUGGAAAUAUUGCUUUGUACGGCGGUUUAUGUGCAUUAGCUACUUUCGACAGGCACGAGUUGCAAAAGCAGGUGAUUUUCAGCAGUUCGUUCAAGCUCUUUUUAGAAUUAGAGCCGCAAUUAAGAGAUAUUAUUUUCAAAUUUUACGAGUCAAAGUAUGCGUCUUGCUUAAAGUUACUGGAUGAGAUUAAGGAUAAUAUUUUGCUAGAUAUGUAUAUUGCACCCCAUGUUAAUACGCUGUAUCUUCAGAUACGUAACAGAGCAUUGAUACAGUACUUUAGUCCUUACCUCAGUGCUGAUAUGAGACGUAUGGCAACGGCAUUUAACAGAACUGUUUCAGCCUUAGAAGAUGAACUCAUGCAACUUAUUCUUGACGGACAAAUUCAAGCUCGUAUUGAUUCUCAUAAUAAGAUAUUAUACGCCAAAGAUGUGGAUCAGCGUAGUACAACAUUUGAAAAGUCGAUAAGUUUAGGAAAAGAAUAUCGAAGGCGCACUCGAAUGUUAAUUUUAAGGGCAGCAAUUUUAAAGCAUCAAAUUCAAGUAAAGAGUCCACAGAGAGAAACUACACAAGGCGGAGAGAUGCCUGUAGCACCAGGAAACACAAGUCAAACAUCGAGAAAUUAAUAUAAUAGUGUUAUUAUUGACAUUUUGAUACAGAAGAACGUAUUCCAUUAAAGAAAAAGAAAGAAAAAAAGAAGAAAAUGUGGGUACUGAAAGACACUAUUAUAUAAGCACGUCUAAUCUCCUUUGUAUAUAAAAAGCAAUUUCGAUUGUACUUGAAGUUACAGUACUCUACGAGUUGACUUGCGAUCACUGCAGAAUCAGAUGUAAUCGCAGACUGACAUUUUUUUAUGGUUUAUCGAAAUUGUUUGCAUUUUCAUUUAAUUAUAAUUGAUAUCAACACAAACACAAUAACUCCUUUUUUGUAACGCAAUACAAUCGUGUUCUAACUUUGUUUAAACUCGCAAGAGGCUCAAUAAAAAAAAAAAUUAAAACCUCAAAUUUUUUUUUACA